GUCUUAUCUUCUAAGCCAAACUCGCUUACUUAAACAUGCGGCCAUCUGUGUAGUGAGAUCUGAUGAGUGGCCCUAACACUUCUCAGACAAUGUUUCCAUACUUUCUGCUGGUAUACUCAGUUUUCAGCAACAGUUCCUUGUUGCACGAGGAGACAGGCAGCUUCCUAAAUAAUGGCUCUGCAUUUGCGACCAACAUGUCUGUGGACUGGAUAGGAUGCGGAUAUGCCACUCUUGUGGCAUCCGGAGGAGUCAUUGGUUAUGUGAAAGCAGGCAGUGUCCCCUCAUUGGCUGCUGGUCUGCUCUUUGGGGGGCUCGCAGGUUUUGGAGCAUACCAGGUCUCCAAUGACCCUAAUAAUGUUUGGGUGUCUUUAGCUACAUCAGGAGCUCUGUCCGCCAUCAUGGGGAAGAGGUUCUACGGGUCGAGGAAGUUCAUGCCAGCUGGUUUGAUAGCAGGAGCAAGUCUGCUGAUGGUGGGGAAGCUUAGUCUGACGUUUCUUCAGAAACCUACAGGGUCCUCAUGAGGUGAAAGCUCUUCAAGAACAAUCUUCAGCUCCGGCUUGGUCAUGUUUGGAGCAGCCCUCUGGAAUUUGAUUUUCACUGUUACUUUUGUCAAAAGUACAAAAAGAAAAAAAUCAAUUUGAUGAUAAAAAGUAUAAUUUGUAUAGAAA